AUGAACGCUCUGAUUGUGCUCUCCGUGGCCGCUCUGGCCGCUUGCGGCAAUGCCCAGUACUUUGGGUAUCCUGGCCUCUUCUACAACUACCCUGGACUCUACUCCGGCGCCUACCCGGCAGCAGUAACCCUCAAGGCAGCCCCCGAGACACCUACAGCGUUGCCGCCGUCGCCCCCGUGGCUCCCAUCCAGUCCCAGUUCCACGCUCAGGACGAGAUCGGCCAGUACCUUCGGUUACGCCGCGGGCGGUCCUUCUUCCCGCGCUGAGUCUCGCGACGCCUUCGGUAUCGUCCGUGGUUCCUACAACUACGUGGACUCUGAGGGCAAGGUUCAGACUCAGCACUAUGUGGCCGACGCCCUUGGAUUCCGUGUGUCCGGCACCAACCUGCCAGUGGCUCCUGACGCCCCGAGGCCGCCCCUGGCCGCCCUCCCCGGCCCCGCCCCGAGCCCGUCGACGACACCCCCGAGGUAGCCGCCGCUAAGGCCGCCCACCAGCAGGCCUACGACGAAGCCGCCGCCGCCGCUGCUGCCGCUCCUGAUUCCCGCAAGAAGCGCUCCAUCGUUGCUCCGUUGACUCCCUUCAGCGGCGUCUACUCUCCUCUCCGUUUCUCUUACGGCUUCACCGCCCCUGCCUUCCCCUCAGUGUACUCUGCUGGAGCUGUCCCAACCCUCGCCACCUACGGUGCUCACCCUGCUGCCCUCACCUACACAGCCGCUGCCCCUGCCGGCAUCACCUACACAGCCGCUGCCCCUGCCGCCCUCAAGGAUGCUGAGCUCCUCCGCAUCGUCCACAACCCCGGCCACGGCACCUCCUACCGCGUGCAGUAAGCCCUGCGAAGAGUCUAGAGCCAACCAGGUGAUGCUUUGGGUGUGUAGAGCGUAGCGGAUAGAACCCUCGACGCAAAGUCCUCAGUCUAGCUACUUAAGUGUCAUUCUAAAGUGUUGCUAAGACAAGAGAGAAAACGAAGAGGGUUCUCCCGUUGCGUUGACGCACCCGAACCAUGUCACGUGAUGUACAUAUCUGGUGACCAAGUUCAUGUUGCCACCAUGAGGUGAUAUUUCUGUUCAAUUAUCUUUUUUUUUUUGUCAUAAUAAAUGACAUUCAUACGAA